UUUAUAAAAAACUAAUUUCCAUAAAUCGGAGAUUUGUAGAUGAAAGAUUUUUUAAAAUUCGACAUAGCCGGAGAACAACAUGUUCCUUCAAUUAACAAAAUUCAUUAAGAAAUUAAUCAUUAAUUACUAAAAUAAAAUCAUCGAUCAACUAUAAAACAAGCCCUCGCAUUUUAUAGAUUUGUAUUUCCAGUCACGGAAAAACAAUAAAAAUACGUACGAUUUUUAGUAUAUUUAUAUAUAAAAAAUGAAAUCAUAGAACAAUUGUACCUGAACUUGAAAAAAAUCAACAAUUCUAUUUGCCCCAAUGUAUUUAUUACCUUAUAGUACCAACACAAAUAAGUAAUUUAUUUUGCUCUCAUUUUAUGGAAUUAUAAUGUUUACACUUGGUACUUAUACGUAAAAUAAAAAUACACAUAUGGCAAUGAAAAUCAGCUUUAUUUAUUCACUUACAAAUGUUUAUUUCUUUUUCCUAAAUUUUAAUCUUCUUUCCAUUUAAUUACACUUUCAUUUCGAUUAUAAAUAUUAUAGUUUUUUAUCUUGCCCAGUAGACUUGUAAUCAGAAUUGUGUAAAAGUUAUGAAAUAUUGCAAUAGUUCAGUGUUUGGUUUAGCUAUUGCUAGUUUAAGUGUAAUUUUUUAUAUUAUUGGUGGCAUAUUUUUUAUUAUAUUGCUAAAUAAUACGCAAAAGAAUUUGCAAAAUAACAGCACUACUUUGCCAAUAAUAUAUCUAGUGAUAUGUUUGGUUAUGUCUAUAGUUUCCAGUCUACUUAUUUUUGGCAUAGUUAAGAAACAUCAUUUAUUGAUGAUUCCAUGGAUUAUAUUUGCUAUUAUAGGGAUUAUAUGUGAUGUUAUAUAUCUAAUUGUUAUAUUAACAGUUGCCAAGGGAGAACAUCAGCUAUUGGAUGCUGUUGCCUAUUUAAUUGGUAUAGCUCUACAAAUAUUUAUUUUCCGCCACAUUUAUAUGUUAUACAAAGAUAUACGUUUAAAGUUUAUUAUUCAACAAGAACAUGAAAUCAUAUGGAGAAAUAAUCAACAAUUGACAGAGUAUUAAACAAAAAAAAAAAAAAA